GGUGCCUUUAAAUUGUCCUGCACUACUAUGAUGACCAGAGAAGACCAGAGAGAGACAGCAAUAGUAGUUCUUUUGAAAGAUGAAUCUCAUCAGAGGCAGGCAGUCUGUUUGCAGGAGACUCUUCGGCCCGGUGGACCACGACCAGCUGCGUCGGGACUUGGAUUUAAAGCUUUGGGAAAUUACGGCGCAGGACAGCCGAAGAUGGAACUUUAACUUCCAGUCUGAGACGCCGCUGCCAGGCAGGUUUCAGUGGGAGGAGAUUCCCACAGACUGCGCUGCAGAUUUUUACCUGGAGUCUGUACAGAUGAAGGACGCCGUUAACUCUCCCAAACCUAAUGACGGCAAGCUGAAACACAGUGAGGAAAUCGCAGGAACCGACCAAGAGAACUGUUCCAGCAUCUCCAACACACCCAAGUGUCCCGCUGAAACGACGCCCGUUCGGAGAAAAAGGUCGCUUUCUGAUCCUCGAGCCAACACACGUAUUACAGAUUACUUCACAAAGAGAAGAAGAACGGCAGAAACUAAGACCACCCGGAAUCCUUUUCACAGCAGUUCCAGCGACGCAGCUUAUUGCAAGAAAAUAAAGAUGAGCAUGCUUCUGUAAAUACUGUUUCACACAAGGCCUAUGCAAUACAUAUUCAUUUAUUUUUAGUUUUAUUCUUCAGCGCUUGAGAUAAAAUACAAUAAUAUUUCUGGUGGUAUUUAUUUUAUUUAUUUAUACAUUUAUUUAUAGUCUGUUCCAUUAGCUUCACUUGUUAUAUUUGUGGCAUGUCAGUUUCUUUUCUGACUUGAAUUUGCUUUGAAGUCAUAAAGAUUUAAAAUUUUGACAUUCGUUCAUAUUGAAUUUCUGUAGUAUGCUGUGUUUCUAUUAUAUUUUUUCUUUCUUUUUAUGUGGCAUUAUUGAAUAAAAUGAAAAGCCUGUAAGCACAGUAGCCUAUGUUGUAAAUUCACUACGUUGUGCAAUGCCUGGCAAUGCUUUUGCUGCACAAUGCAGAUAUGUUAUACUGUCCACACACACAACACAAUGAUCUAUAGAUCAAUACA